AUGAGAUCUUCUAAUCGUCUUAGCGAUCUUUUCCAUGAUUUUGGGCUAUUUGCAGAUAUAUCAAGAGCGAUAGAAGAUAUCAUUAUUUUAAAUGGAACUAAAGAAAUGAUAGAUAGCUAUGUUUACAAAUUGAGCAAUCUUACGGUUGAAGUAAUAGAUAUUCAAACUCAUAUAUUAGAUGAUUUUAGCCAAUGAGAGUAUUGCUCAUAUGCAAACGUAGUCUAUGAACCAAUUAUGCCACAAUGAAAUUUUGAUGGUGUUUUUCCAAAAAUUAUAUACAAAAAUUAUUAUGACACAGUCUCAGAUUUCAUAUAUGCUGUAAUAUUUAUUUAG